AAAUGUGGGACCUGUUCUAGACCGAGACUUCUUGAUCGAAUGUUUGUAAUGUUGUGGACAUGUUGGAAUUAAGCUGCGAGAGAAAGCAUGGCGCAAAGAAUUGGCAUCGUAAAACUAAUUCUUGGCAUUGCAGGGUUAAUUGUUGCCGUGCAGAUAAUCACUAUGCUGCAUUUCUCAAGUUUACACUCAAAUGAUAUAAAUAUGAAAUUCAGAAAAAGUGUUCCUGAAAGGACGUAUCGAGAUGCUUUAGGCCCACGUAGAAAACAGAUUCAUGAAGCGGUUGAAAUAUUUGGUGGGUUACCAUCAGAAAAACUCCAGAUUCCAAAGCCUGAAACGAUAGAAGCAGAAACAAUAACUUUUGAGUGCGAUAUUAAACACAAAGAUGCCCAGUCGGCCAUAAAAAGAGCGAAGAGUUCACAAUGCAAAAAUGAACUAGCCAAGGUUGCAUGUUUACUGGAAAGUGGAAAAUUAGAUGUGGAAAAUAUCACAAGACUUUGCCCUCUUGAUAGAUCACUUGGCAGACCGGCACAUUCAGUUGGGUAUGGCUACGAGUAUGGCCCACCAAUAAGGAUUGUGUACGUUCUAAGUGUUCACGGCAGAGCAUUCAGACAACUAAAAAGACUUUUUAAAGCAAUUUAUCAUCCACAUCAUUACUUCUACUUCCAUGUUGACUCGAGAUCACACUAUUUACACAGAGAAGUAAAAGAGUUCAUAAAAAAAUUCCCAAAUGUUGCUUUAGCACCAUGGAGAAUGGCAACAAUUUGGGGAGGAGCAAGUUUAUUAAAAAUGCUUUUGACAUGUAUGGACGAUUUGUUAAAAAAGAAGGAAUGGAAAUGGGAUUUUUUUAUCAAUCUUAGUGAAUCAGACUAUCCUGUCCAGACAAAUGCAAAGCUUACCAAGUUUCUUAGGGGACACAGAAAUGAGAAUUUUUUAAAACCUCAUGGAGGACCAGUUGAAAGGUUCAUUAAAAAGCAAGGGAUUGACAGGACAUUCUAUGAAUGUGAUGAACACAUGUGGAGGAUAGGGGACAGGAAGUUACCUACAACAAUUGAUUUUGAUGGUGGAAGUGACUGGAUAGCACUAAAUAAAAACUUUUGUGAUUAUGUAGUGCACAGUCAGGACAUUGUUGUCACCAGUUUAAAGAACAUUUAUAAAUAUGCUUUGCUUCCAGCUGAGUCAUUCUUUCACACUGUGUUGAGAAACAGUCCCCACUGUCAAACGUUUGUAAAAAGCAAUCUGAGACUGACAAAUUGGAAAAGAAAGCUUGGAUGUCGCUGUCAGCAUAAACAUGUUGUUGAUUGGUGUGGAUGUUCACCAAAUGAUUUCAAGCCAGAAGAUUUUCCAAGGUUACAGAGUCAAACAUUCAAUGCUUUUGCUCGAAAAUUUGAAGCAAUUGUUAACCAAGGAAUUAUAAACAUGAUGGAUGAUUGGCUGUUUGGUGAAAGACCAAAAGAUAUGCUAGGCUUACAAAGCUAUUGGGAGAAUUGCUACAAUGAAAAGGAUGAUGAUAUCAACAAAUAUGAUGUGCAAAUGACAUUCUACCAAUCUUUUGCAAGACAAAUAACAAAGCGGUUGUCAGUUCAAUAUAACAGCUUAGUUUCACCAAUCUGGAAGGCGAAGGAAGCACAUUAUUUUAUGCACAAAGACAGACUUGAUGGCGUUUUAGUAAAAUUUGAUGUCAAGAUUGUUGGAAAUAAUGGUGGAAAGGAGCUUGCUGUUUUUGAAACAUGGGCCAAGAAGAUUAAUUCGUCUGUUCUCUUUAACCGCAAUAUGUCAGAGCCUGGAAACAGAUUAAAAGGGCUUGAGAUUGGUACUAAUUGGGAUCAAAAGGAGAGAGUCUUCCGAAAUUUUGCUGGGAUGAUCGGGGCUACAGAUACUCCAACUUUGGUACAUAGAUGGGCACAUGGCAAAGUGUUUUAUGUCAGAAUUGUUUGGAUUGACCCCAUCAAUGUCAUCGCGGGAAUUUACCAGAUGAAAGUUGAGGAGAAUUGGGUGAUAUCCUUUCACAAACCGACUUUCAAAAAACCACUUAGGCCUGGCGUUUGGAAAGUAAAGAUUGUGCAUGGAGAUAAUAUUGUUCUUGGUCAGACAACCUUCCUGGUUGUUCCAUUAGCAUAUACCAAAGGUAAAGCAGUAGAUCUAGAGAAUUCAGUCGAGCUAAAUAAUGGGCCUGCUGCUAGUUUGUAUACGAAUGAUUAUAUCAUUGACUUUGAUCGGGACGCUAAUGACACAGAAAGCAGAGUAAAAGAGUUUUCACAAUACUCACACAGUACAGGGAGGGUACUCGAUAGUUGGAUCGAUAUACUUGUUGCAAGGACUUGGGAUAUUAAAGCUGUCUGUACGGUUGGAGAUAAGCUGAAUCAAUUACCUGAUAUAGAACUCUGCCAUCGAACUACAUGGAGUUCUCUAUCACCAGAUCCUAAAUCAAAUGUAAAUAAUUUAAUAAACAAAAGCUAGGGAUAAAUAAGUAUAUGGAAAAUAGAAAGUUAUAUUAAACGUAUAUAAAUCUCUGCAUUAGAAGUCAAACCGUUUUUGAAUCCCAACAUUUUGUAUAAAAUCAAAUUUAUAACUAUGAUUGCCCUAAUUUUUAAACUAAAAAAGUAUCCCAACUAAAUUUGUUCGUCUAAUUUCCAAAAGAUAAGCUUAAAAUUGAUCUUAGGCCAUCAAAUAUGAUCGAAGAAAGGCAUAAUGUUUUAUAAAUAAACUUUGAAAUGAAAUUGAAGAUAAGAUUUAAAGCCUAGUAGUCUCUUAAACUUGUAGACAUUUUUACAGAUGGAAUUCAAUGAUUUUGACUUCUUUUGUUUUUAAAUACAACAGGGUAUAUUUUACAAAUGUUUUUAUCAAAUAGAUAUAUCAAUUUAGGUCUUGAUUAAAGUAUAAAAAAGAACAAAUAUACAUACAUAUCAAUUCAUUCUUAUACUGUAUAAAGUUAAUUGUUGCUUAUAGCCGGGCUUCAGAGAAACGUUUUUGAAACAUGCGAUGGAAUAUGUUUCUGGAACAUGUGAUUAAAUGUGUUUUUGAAACAUGCGAUGAAAUAUGUUUUUGGAACAUGUGAUUAAAUGUGUUUUUGAAACAUGCGAUGAAAUAUGUUUUUGAAACAUGUGAUUAAAUGUGUUUUUGAAACAUGCGAUGAAAUAUGUUUUUGAAACAUGUGAUUAAAUGUGUUUUUGAAACAUGCGAUGAAAUAUGUUUUUCGAACAUGUGAUUAAAUGUGUUUUUGAAACAUGCGAUGAAAUAUGUUUUUUAAACAUGCGAUGAAACGUAUUUUUAUAACAUGCGAUGAAAUUUGUUUUUGAAACAUUGAAGAAGUAUGUUUUUAAAGUAUGCGAAGAAAGGUGUUUUCAAACCAUGUGAUGACAUGUGUUUUUAAAGCAUGUGAUGAAAUAUGUUUUUGAAACAUGCCAUGAAAUGUAUCGUAAUUUUGGUGUCCAGAUGAUUAGCUAUUGAUCAAUCUAGCCUGAUAACUAAACUGAAUAGAAUAUCAGUCAGGAUAAUCGGAAUUCGCCCUUUUUUAAAUCAAAGUUAAGCCAACAAACUCAACAUUAUUGUGGGAUAUAAAGAAUGCAACCUGAUUGCUAGAUGAAUAAGACGGCGUUUACUUGGGAGGGGGGAGGGGGGGUUUGGGUUAUGAUUUUGUGUUCUGUCGUCAUGUAUCGUCAAGAUGAAACCUAGUAGUUUGUGUAAUUGUGAUAAUAAGCAUGUCAACGAACAAUCGAUCAAUCAUAGCAAAAACCUGGCUUUUGUCAUGUGCAGAAGCACCCAAUUCCUUAGUGGCAAAAGAGCGAUAGGCCAUUUGUUAAACCGUACCAGAAUAAUGAAUCUACCCAAGCACAAGUGCCGUAUAUUAUACAAUCUUAUCAAAUGCUACUUGUGAAAAAUCAGUAAAAUGUGUGUUAGAUAAAAGAGUUUUCCAAGUGGAUUUACGGAUCGCCAAAAGUGAAAUAUAAAUUGUCACAUAUAUUUAUUUGUAUUUAUUGGAUUUUAAAGAAGACGUUUUUAGAACAUUUUAAGGUGAAGACAUAGUUUUAAGAUAAUUAAUCAAGUCUUAGUAAACGAAGAAAAAAUUUUAUCAAAUAAUCACUUUUCAAGCUAUUAACGUUGUUUUGUUUUCUCACCUGAACUACCUUAAUCCAAGAAGUGCUAAAUGUGAUUUAAAGAACUCGAGAAAUAGUAUAUUUGUGCGCAGUAACUGACAAGGAAAUUGGUGUGUGGUGUUAUGGUCGGGCGAUUACAGUUAAAAGGCUGAUGGGAAAACUUGCUAAUCGCUAAGAUUUUGAUUGGCUGUUAACGGAAUCCCCGUUAUGCUCUUGGCUAUUGAUUGGCUAAUUCUAUCGAGCAGAAACUGCGGAAUAUUUGCUUCGGGGCAGCAUUGGUAUUUUCCUUUUUAUUUCAUUUCCAAUUAUUUAAGCAUCGUAGCACAUUCAACAAUGCUGGUUCACAAGCUGCCAUGCAUCUAAGCUAAAAG